AUGUUUAAACGUAAGUCAAGUUUACCAGCACCACCUACAACAUUAUCGUUCACAGACAUUCUCUCAGAUUUAACAAGAUUACAAACAUAUCAUCAAACACAUAUUGGAGAGAAAAUAGACGUAUUAGAAAUAGUUAAAACUGAGGAUUCAGCAGAUGAAGGACCGGCACCAAACCCAAUUCCAAAAAUUUUAUCACCAACCUUUCUUGGUAAUUUAAAUAAGGUUGAUGAUGCUUCAUCAGAAGUUGUUUCAAAUACUUACGAAAUUAUUACUAAUUUUAUAAGAGUCAAUGAACAGUUAAUUAAAUCUCAAAAAGAUUUAGAUGGACUGGGAAGCGACAUUGAAGUGUUAAGGAAAGAAUUAAGAGGUACUAUUGAUACUUUAAAUAACAGUAAUAUCCCUAUUGGAGAGGGUGAUGAUAGUAAGUCGUGA